GAAUGCCUUUCCUCACGAGCUAAAGGGACACGCAGCUGGCUGUGCUUCGCAACUGGAAGGAGUGGGAGUGAGUCUAAGGCAGGAAGCCAGUCUCCAACUCAGGACGCUGAAGAAAGAGCCAUGAACUGCUGCUCCAGGACUCCGCCAAGCAACUCUUGGGUUUACCCCACUGUGAUACUCUGCUUGUUUGGAUUUUUCUCCAUGUUCAGGCCCUCCGAGGCAUUCUUAAUCCCAUUUUUGUUUGAACCCAGUAAGAAUCUAACCGAAACAGAGAUGACCAAUGAGGUCCUGCCUGUUUGGACAUACUCCUACUUGGCAACGCUGCCCCCUGUGUUCAUCCUCACCGAUUACCUGCGCUACAAACCAAUCAUCAUGUUAAACGUCAUUGCCUUCAUCAUUUGCUACCUGCUUCUCUUGUUUGGCCAAGGGGUGAUGCUCAUGCAGGUGGCUGAGUUCUUCUUUGCGAUCGUCUCAUCCACAGAGAUAGGCUACUAUUCCUACAUCUAUAGCAUGGUCAGCCCAGAGCACUACCAGAAAGUCAGCAGCUACUGUCGGAGUGUCACGCUGGUGGCCUACACAGCCGGCUCGGUGCUGGCCCAGCUCCUGGUAUCCCUGGCAACCCUGCCAUACUUUUACCUCUUUUACAUAUCCUUGGCCUGUGUCUCUGUGUCCUUUUUUUUCUUACUUUUUCUACCAAUGCCUAAGAAGAGCAUGUUUUUCCAUACCAAGUAUGAGAGAGAAGCCCAUCAAAAGCCACUGGAACAAGAUACUAUCCUUGAGGAAGCUCAGAAGAACCACGAGGCAGCUCACCCAGCACUGCAUGCCCCUUCAGGGAAACCAGGGGACAGAGAGCGGAACAACCCAGAGCCAGAAAAUGUGGCUUUGAGACCUUUUGUGCGUUGGUUCCAAGACCUGAAGGAGUGCUACUCCUCAAAGCACCUUUUUUACUGGUCCCUGUGGUGGGCUUUUGCGACAGCAGGUUAUAACCAAAUCUUGAACUUUGUUCAAGUCUUAUGGGAAAACAAGGCACCCUCCCAAGACUCUUCUAUCUAUAAUGGAGCAGUAGAGGCUAUUGCAACAUUUGGAGGAGCGUUGGCGGCUUUCUCAGUGGGCUAUGUGAAGGUCAACUGGGAUCUCCUAGGAGAGCUGGGUCUAGCCAUCUUCUCGGCCAUCAUCUCUGGUGCUCUGUUUCUCAUGCAUUACACACUCAGCAUCUGGGUGUGCUAUGUGGGCUAUUUACUGGUCAAGGCUAGCUAUAUGUUUCUUAUAACCAUAGCAGUGUUUCAGAUUGCCAUUAACCUGAGCGUAGAGCGUUAUGCCCUGGUGCUUGGCAUGGACACCUUUAUUGCUUUGGUGAUUCAAGCCAUCAUGACCGUGAUUGUGGCAGAUAAAAGAGGGCUCCACUUGCAAAUCACCACUCAGUUUUUAGUUUAUGGAAUUUACUUUGCUAUCAUUGCUGGGGUCUUCCUAAUGAGAAGCAUAUACAUUAUCUACUUAGCCAAGUGCGGAAAGGAAGUAGAGAGCCUUGCUGCCACUCAGAGUCCCAAUGAGCCACACCCACAAGAGACAAAGUUCUAACCCAAUUACCUCAACUCCAAUUUUAAAAGGGUAGGAUUUCAAGAUGGGCCUCCAGACGUGCUUUGCCGCACCCAGACACUCGGCCAGUAUGGAUUCUAAAACCUCAACCAAACCUCAGUCUCAGGCUAAAUGUCUUUCUACCCAGCUAAUUCCAAGCACUCCAUAUAGGCCACCACAACUGUAUUAGUUACUUUCGUUAUGCUAUGACAAAAUACCUAACAAAAAGCAACUUAAGAGAGGAACUCAAUUCAUUGUGGUUCACAGUUGGGGGCGGGGUGUACAUUCCAUUGUGGAAAGGAAAGCAUGUCUGCAACAGAAAGAAGCUACUGGACACAUUCCACCUGCAAUCAGAAAGAAGAGAACAGUGAAAGCUGGUGUUCAGACUACGUUCUCCUUUUCAGUCAACAUAGCACCCCAGCCAGGGGGGUGGCACCACCCACAUUUAAGGUGAGUCUUCUCACCUCAGUGAUCCUAAUAAAGAUAAUCCCUCACAGAUAUUCAAAGAGGCUUACACAUCUUCAGUGACUCUAGAUCCUGUCAAGGUGACAGUAUCAACUAUCAAUAUUAACAGCUGAACAACCCUCGUUGGGAACCCACACGAAUAACAAUAACUUGGAAAUGCUAAAGUUCUGAUGUGUUCUGAGAACAAGCAAAGGGCAUGGGAACAAGCCAUGAAGAGACAUAAGCCUCCUAGAAAUCACGAUCCCUGAGUGAGCACUUACCAACAAGACUGACCUGGAGUUGACUUACAUAUGUCGAGGAUCUAAAAAGGCAGCACCUGGGACCAUUUUCUUCCUCUUUCAUUAAGCAGACUUCUGUUUUAAUUACAGCUCUCUGAAAGAAUGACUAGAUUUGUGCCCGUUUCUGAGAGUCCCUCUUCCACUCUGAAAAUACCAUCGUUCUUUUCACAAGUUGUUACUGGGCAGUCUCACAGAUGUCAUUUUUUCAUUUUGUGGUCCCUUCUGGACUUUGUAUUGGAACUCUCCUCCAGAGAUCACUCCAGAUGCUCCUGUGUGUGUCCUUGGAAUGCCCUCACAUCAGUUCCCAAUGGCCUGGGAGAGAUGAUGAGCCUUCUCACCAUGACCCUGGAGAUAAGUGUUUGAUUGAUGAGUGUAGAACAAUUCUGAAGGAAAUUCCAGAGUUUUCUGGCAACUUUUAUACAUAAGAAAACACUUGCAGAAAUCAAACGCUAAUUGUUUAAUUUAUUUUUAUGUUUGGUGCUAAGGAUCAAACCAGGACCUUACAUAUGCCAGAGAAAUACUCUGCCACUAAGAUAGAUCAACCCUUGGGCCCAUGGCUAAUUUUUAAAUGUCAGAGAUUAUGUUCAAUAAAAUAUUAAAAUUUUAAAAGAA